AUGACUAUACAAACUCAUCUCACAUCUCGGAUUCACGAUGCUCAACAAGAAGCACUUAAACCAGACAAUAUUCGAGCCGGAUCCUUACGGGGAAUUGAGGCACAAUUGAUGCCAAAGGAGGAUGGAAUAUUGUACUUUAUGGGACGAAUUUGGGUUCCAUUCUUCGGCGACCUACGAGCGCUUAUUUUGGACGAGGCACAUAAGUCAAGGUACUCUAUACAUCCGGGAUCAGAUAAGAUGUACCAAGAUUUAAAAGGAUUUUAUUGGUGGCCUAAUCUUAAAAGCGACAUUGCUACCUAUGUCGGAAAAUGCCUUACAUGCGCCAAAGUUGAGGCGGAAUAUCAAAAGCCUUCAGGAUUACUGCAACAACCUGAAAUUCCCGUAUAG